GGAGACUCAAAUCCGUAUAAAUGAUUAAGAAUCAGCUCUUGGAUCUUUGUUAACUCAGAUACAAUAUAUAUAUAUAUAUUGUGACAAAAACACUGAAGUUUUUUCUUAGUGCAGAAAAAAAAGAAUGUGCAUUAGUUCCACGGUUUGUUUUGCGAGCGGCCACACGGGAGGCGACAGGAGUCGACGGGUGAUCUUUCAAACAAAUAGAAAAUGGCCUUUGCUGUGCAAAUUCGUCAGCAGCUGCAGGCUUUGGUCUCAUCUGGAGGGUCACACAAAGACCAUGACAAGUAUCGGGCUGUGCUGGACAACAUUCUCAAAGUUGGCAAUGAAAAUGAUAUGGCAGAGGGCCUUCAGGCAUUUAUUGAAGCAAUUGUGAAAGAAACAGUAAGCUUAGUAAUAUCACGGCAGCUGCUUUCAGAUGUGUCUACACACCUUACCUCUAUGGCAGACCAUGUAGCCAAGACUGUUGCACAUUUUACACUUGAUAAAGUACAACCUCGAGUCAUAAGUUUUGAGGAACAAGUAGCCAGUAUUAGGCAGCACUUGGCAGACAUUUAUGAACGUGAAAGCUCAUGGAGGGAUGCUGCUGCUGUUCUUACUGGUAUUCCACUGGAAACUGGGCAAAAACAGUAUAGUGUCGAUUAUAAACUUGAGACAUACCUUAAGAUUGCUCGUUUAUAUCUCGAAGAUGAUGACCCAGUACAAGGAGAAGCUUACAUUAAUCGUGCUAGUAUUUUGCAGGCAGAGUCAAAGAGUGAGCAACUACAAAUUUAUUACAAAGUUUGUUAUGCACGUGUGUUGGAUUAUCGUCGCAAAUUUAUAGAAGCUGCCCAGCGUUACAAUGAACUUUCAUAUAGGCCAAUUAUUCAUGAGGAUGAACGUAUGGAAGCACUCAAAAAGGCUUUAAUAUGCACAGUGCUGGCAUCAGCAGGGCAGCAGCGUUCAAGAAUGCUGGGCACGCUUUUCAAAGAUGAGAGAUGCCAGCAGCUACCUUGCUACCACAUCUUGGAGAAGAUGCACCUGGACCGCAUCAUCCGUCACAAUGAACUCACAGAGUUCCAAAACAUGUUGCAACCUCACCAACAAGCAACCACUGCUGAUGGUUCAACUAUUUUGGAUCGUGCAGUGACUGAGCAUAAUUUACUGGCUGCAAGCAAGCUCUAUAACAAUAUUACUUUCCCGGAACUGGGUGCUCUGCUUCAGAUCUCCCCAGCCAAAGCAGAAAAGAUUGCAAGUCAGAUGAUCACAGAGGGACGAAUGAAUGGCUACAUUGAUCAGAUUGAUGGCAUCCUACACUUUGAGGCUCGUGAUGUCCUUCCCCAAUGGGACAAACAGAUCCAGUCUCUCUGUUUCCAAGUAAAUGGAAUAAUAGAGAAAAUCAACACAGCACAUCCAGAAUGGGUAGCCAAGAUCAUGGAUGAACAGAUGGUGCAGUGAAGAUAUUUAGAGGUUAAUUUUAAGUAUGAUGAAGUAAAUAAGUCAGUUCCUGUCUAUAUGGAAGCUUAUUAAUAUUUACACAUCCAUAGAAAAUAAAAGUUUAUUUGAAUGUGGUUUUUUGUUAAUUUUUGUUAUUUGUCAAUAAAUUAUCAACCCAAUGUUA